GUAUUCAUCUCUCACCAUUGGAUGGCACGGAUCUACAAAGUGAAGCCUCCAAGGAACGGCAGGAGAAAGAAAUCCAAGUCUUGGGACGCUGGAUACUUGUCAUCUAGUUGCAUGAAUUCUUGGGGGGAAGAAAUGGGGUUCUGCUUGCUCUGUGCAUCCAGUUUGCAAGUUGGGUAUGUGGGCUGCCUCCAAUCUUGCUCUGUAGCCAUCAAGCUGCAAGCGGACAUAACCUGA